AUGGCUGAUCUAGAUGAGCUGUACAAGCCACUAUCGCAGAGAGCACAGCUUGCUGGACGCUGCUCCUCACAAGGUUCUAAUUGUGGAAGCCAUUUCUCUUCUCGAAAUGCGCUUUUCCGACACUUGCACCACGACGGCUGCGGUGGAAAGCGAAAGCGCAGCCGGCGGCUCUUGUUGCUUUACGGCUACGUGGGAACACGCUUUCACGGGAGCCAGUUAAACGCAGACGAGUCACGUUUUCCGACAGUAGAAGGGGCGUUGCUGGAGGCUAUCCGGCGCGCAGAGAUGGCACAACACAAUGUUUUUUCAUGCCAAGUAGAGGUGUGCUCCCGCGCAUCUAGAACCGACAAAGGUGUUCAUGCAUUGGCCAGCGCCGUGUGCCUACGCAUCACCCAACAAAGUGAGGGUGACUUGAAAUCUUCACAGCAGGAGGCCUUCUCUGAAAUUGUCGGUCAACACCUCCCGCCUGACAUUAGAUUGGUUCAAGCAUUUGAUGUGCUGGACGCUCAAUUCAAUGCCCGCUUCGCUUGCCAAAAGCGGUUGCCUGAAUCAGCAAACAACGAUCAGCUUUUCGACUUGGUGGAAACUCUGCGGAGCAAGGAGGAUUUGCCAAAAGGGCGGCUGCUUGAUGUGCAGUUUUCGCGGAAAGACUGUUCCGCAAUGCUUUCUUUUGAAGAUGCCCGGUCGGCCUUGUGCCUUUGUUGGAACUUGGAUGGUACAGAGGGUCCAGUGGACAAAACUGGCUAUAGAAGUCCUUUGCUGGCCUUGCCUGAAUCCAUAAUGCAGAUACUGCAAGAGGUACACAAGCGUUUGCGCUCCUCGCUCAAGAGAUUAACCGGCACAAGAUCAUUCCAUAACUUUAGUCCAGGCUUUGCUGAUGCGUUGGACCCAAAAAGUAUUCGUAGCGUAUAUCGCUGCAGAUCAGGCGUGACAACUGGUUUCAAGGACUUUCUGCGUGGCAAGGCCUUUGCAGUGCUUCGGAUCACCGGCAGAGACUUCCUAUAUCAUCAGAUUCGUGGUAUGGCAGGUCUGGUUUGUGCUGUAACCUUGGGAAUCGUGCCGGAGGCCUACUUGGAACUUGCCCUCGGCGAAACGCAGAUUGAAGUGCCAUUGGCACCAGCUGGCCACCUUGUCCUGGCCGAAUGCUUUUUUCGGGAUGGCCUGUUUGGUUGCCCCUUUGGUCAGGCCAAUCGGGAAGAGCGAGACAAGGUCUCGGAGAGGACCUUGUGCUCAAAGGACAAAGUGCUCAUCCUUGGAAGCGAUGGUGUUUGGGAUCGAAUGAUUUCACAAGAGGCAGUGGACAUCGCUGCCAAGCACACUGAUCCCAAUGCAGCUGCUCGGGAAGUUGCCAGCAUUGCUCGGCAGCGAUGGCACGUGGAAACACAAGGCCAACUGUCAGAUGACAUAACUGCGGUACCUGGGCCUGCAUGGUGCAUCCUUCCAGGGUUUCUUUGUUUCUUGCGUUGUCAAACAGGGUGA